GUCACGGACUGCGGGAAGGUAGAAUCGGGCUAUUGGCUGAAGGUUUUUUCCCUGGUGAUUCAGGGAGAAAUUUACAUUUUGACUUUUUUUUUCUUUUAAACCAUGGCUUUUGUUCACAAAUUGCUGACUAGCACUUAUAUUCUCAGAAAAUGCCCAAAGCCAAGUAUUGGCUUGCAUCCUUUGGCGGGUAUUCACUUUGCAGACUAUUCUUCCAAUAGUCCCCAGAAACCAGUGGCGGCUCCUGGCAAAGCCUUCUCACAGAGGAAGACUCAAGGAGGGUUGCAGGAACAUCACCAGCAAGAAGUUGCCUUGGAUACAAUUUCUCCUGAGGAGAAGCCAGAAGUUAGUUUUGAUAAAGCAAUUAGAGAUGAAAUAAAGGACCAUUUUUGGCGGUUGAAGGAUGAACUUGUGAAUCAUUGGAUAGGGCCAGAAGGCCGUCCUCUGCAUGAGGUCUUGUUGGAACAAGCCAAGGUCGUCUGGCAGUUUCGUGGGAAAGAAGAUUUAGAUAAGUGGAUAGUGACUUCUGAUAAGACAAUUGGAGGCAGAAGUGAAGUAUUCUUAAAAAUGGGCAAGAAUAACCAAAGUGCACUGCUCUAUGGAACUCUGAGUUCUGAGGGACCUUAUGAUGGAGAUAGUCGCCAAAGUGGAUACUGUGCAAUGAUAUCCAGGGUACCAAGGGGCGCUUUUGAGAGGAGGAAGUCUUAUGAUUGGUCCCAGUUUAACACUCUGUAUCUCCGGGUCCGUGGGGAUGGUCGACCGUGGAUGGUGAAUAUCAAGGAGGACUCAGAUUUUAUCCAGAGGAAGAAUCAGAUGUACAGUUACUUCAUGUUCACCCGUGGUGGGCCCUACUGGCAGGAGGUCAAGAUUCCUUUUUCCAAAUUUUUCUUCUCGAAUCAAGGGAGAGUCCGGGAUGUUCAGUCUCAGCUUCUGCUUGACAAGAUCUCUUUUAUAGGAUUUACCUUGGCUGAUAAAGUGGAUGGUCCAUUCUUCCUGGAAAUUGAUUUUAUUGGAGUGUUUACUGAUCCAGCCCACACAGAAGAAUUUGCCUAUGAAAAUUCUCCAGAGAUUAGCCCAAGACUUUUCAAUUAAAUAGUAGUUCUGUAUUAUUAAACUAACAGUAAUAGCAUCCUUGUGAUACGGACAAAAUAAUAUAUUUCUUUAAUGGCAUCCAA